CACCACACUAUUGAUAUCUCUUACGUCCCCUGGCUCACAGUUUUUUGGAUGAGACUCUUUCCACUUUUUGGCGGACCUUGACCGCUUGGACGGCCCCGAGUAAGACACGCCCUUCACCGCAACCUUUUCCUUUCCAAUAGCAGCUGGUACAGACACCAGAGUCUCGCAGGCUUCUGAAAUGGCUAGAACAGAUGCCAAUACAUUCCUUCCGCGGACAAGCCGAGACCAAGUCCAAGGGCUUCAACGCGCAUCGUCUGGAUGGUCUUGAUUAUUACAAUAUUCGUAGCAAGACAAUACGCAUUGUCCCGGAACAGAUAUUGACCUCAUGGGUACAUCAACGCGUUUUGCUGUUGUCCCCACCACUUACGCUGGGGAUUGAUGCCUGCGGCCUGGUUGAAUCUAUUCUCAACAGCUACUUCGAAUACACGUCUUUAGAUCCAACGAAGCCAGGACACUAACAGCGACUCAGAAUGGACCCCUUCCGGUACCGCGAGGCAUAUGCGGCGAUGCUUCAUACGACCCAGCUCAUUGAGGAGAAGCUGAACCGACAUGUCGAUCUUGAUGAAGAAAAUCUUGAACAGAAUGACGAAGCGCAGGUCGCUUUCCAAGAACAUGACCCUGAUAGUAUGGAUUGGACGCCUACCGAGUCUAUAACUUCUCCUCCGGAUUGUGGACCUCCACCUGCUUUGUCGAAAAAACUGCGCCAUCUUCUGCCUGGUGGCGGAGAAGGCGAGUAUCAAGCCCUCGAUCGAGGCGAAAAUGCCGUGCUCCUCCACAAGCUCAAAGAGGGCAUAGUCAUGGACGAGUGUAUUGACAAGCUUGUCCGUGAUCUGCCGGAUAUCUUGAGUUAUGAUAAUUCGGCUUCGUUCACCCCGUCGACCAUCGAGGUAUCGAAGGACUUUAGCCUACAUCUGUCGAUCUCAAUCAACCACCACCUGGCUCAAGUGGCAGACCGUAAAGCGCUUGACAAGUAUCGACGGCUGCUGGGUCAUCGCAAGGAUGUCUCAAAGCGCAAGGCUAUCAAGCUAGGAUUCGACCCCAUCGAGCUAAUCAAGAAACAAGCUGUCACCUUCGCCGAAAACGUUGAUACACAUGUCUGCACACUUGACAAUGAGAUUCAUCCGAUCUUUCGUCUAGAGAAUUGGCAUGGUUGUCCAGAUGAUAUCUACGAAGUGUUGAAGCCUGGGAUGCGACUUGCGACUUUGUUUUUAACAUCUCAGGCCACCGCUCACUUCUGGCACACACUGGUUUUUGGCAAGCGAGAAGCAUGCGAACGGACUUCAGAAGCAUAUGGACAACCAUGUUUUCGUAUUCGAGAGGACGUGUCUUGGUCGGAAGAACGCCAUGCGACGUUUAAACACUUUUUGGAAAACCAGCUGGAUGCUGUUCACUUUUUCUUCCACCGGAAUCCGUUACCACCAGAGACGGCGUAUGCUUCGAUGGCUCUGGUGAAAGACUUCAAGAAUGGUUUAAUGCGAAAGAUGAACCACAAGUGUCACACGAGUCGUAUUUGUUUGCACUCUGAUUUCUAUACUACGGCCAAGAAGCUCAGUAUGUUGCAGUAUCGAGAGCCAGCCAUGGUGUUACGCUUCAACCUGUUCCUCGGUAUCUGCCUCAGUCACGAACUUGCUCAUUUCUGUGAGGUUUCUGGUCCUCACCACGAACAUCCUUUGCUAUCUGAGCCUGAAGUCUUCUUUGGGGACAACAUGUGGACCGAGAGCGGGAUUGCAUUUGAGACGAAGGUUUUUGGUGGGCGCAUACAUCCACUUUCGAGUCGAAUCGACUGUAGCCAUGGGAUAGCUUGUAUCGACUACCCACUGAAGGAGCUCUACGACAAGGACGAUAACAUAUUAUACGCGCUACCCAUGGAUUACGUCCUGAAGCUCCAACAAAAAGAGACGUGGCAGCAAGACUUCACCAACUCUGGAUCCGAUAUAUUUUUUGUCCCUCGAACAGGCGGUCGAUCGAUCGAAAUCAACGGAACAAACUUGAUGAUCUGGGAAGACGAGAAUAAUGCGGAUAUUUCAGAUCAUAUUGAUGGCAAGGAAACCGAAUGGAAACGCAUGGACGACGGGUCCAUAUCCAAGAACUCGAAUUCCAACAAUCGCAAGCCACAGCGACAGGCGAUUGUCCAACGCUGGACUCCAUACAGCCAAAAGAAGAAGAACACGACCGAUGGAGUAUCCUGUGUUUCGAAAGAAGUGAUUGACGAUGUGGCUGGGCAUGAUAAUGGGGAGUCGAAGGAAGAAGUGUCAGAGCCAUAGACAUCAGGGGAUGAUGUGUGAGACGAGACUCGGUUAGAUGAAGAUGCAAUUCAAGAGAAGACUCGAGUGGAGAGCGAAGAUAAGAGUUGGAAAUAGCGUUGGAGAAAUUUCGUGCAUUUGCAUCUAGCACUGGCGUUUGGGUAUUGUUCUUCAAGACAGCUUUGCACGUCUCAUUGGUGCCGACAUAACGAAUUGUGUCAUGUUUCGUAGAAGGACGAAUUGGAUAGAGAAGGGACAUGGUAGUUCUGAGACUACGGAUGAAGGCAGACAUGUGUCGUCUCCGGGUAGCAUGUAAAAAACGUAUAUUUAAACCAUUCAAGCGCAACA